AUGACUCUUCUUUUCGUUGUUUUUUUCAGUAGAACGUGUGCUGCCAUCACGAUGCCUGAAGUCAACACAGAUCACCUGGAUGAGCAGCAGGUGCAGCUGUUGGCAGAGAUGUGCAUCCUUAUCGAUGAAAAUGAUAAUAGGAUUGGAGCAGAUACCAAAAAAAACUGUCACUUGAAUGAAAACAUUGAUAAAGGUUUACUGCACCGAGCUUUCAGUGUUUUCUUAUUUAAUACAGAAAAUAAGCUGUUGCUGCAGCAGAGGUCAAAUGCAAAAAUUACAUUUCCAGAUUGUUUUACCAACACUUGUUGCAGUCAUCCUCUGAGCCAUCCACUAGAACUGGAAGAAAAUAAUGCCAUUGGCGUUCGGAGAGCAGCACAGAGACGACUGAAAGCAGAGUUAGGAAUUCCCAUGGAGCAGGUAACUCCAGAAGAAAUCUCCUAUCUGACACGAAUUCACUACAAGGCCAAGUCUGAUGGGAUCUGGGGUGAACACGAGAUAGACUACAUCUUAUUUGUACAGAAGGACGUAGCGCUGAAUCCCGACCCUAACGAGAUCCAAAGCUACUGCUACGUCACGCAGAAAGAACUGAAACAGCUCUUGGACAAAGCCUCCAAGAAUGAAGUUAAGAUUACUCCGUGGUUUAAACUAAUUGCAGAGACCUUCCUUUUUAAGUGGUGGGAUAACUUGUCUAACUUGAACAAAUUUGUUGAUCAUGAGAAAAUCCACAGAAUGUAAAUAGCUGGGGUGAAAGAUGCUGAAGGCUAGCAAUGAUGUGCUGCCUCGUUAACGCUACGGUAACGCGUGACUCGAGUGCAGAGAAGUGACCCACCUGCAGCAUGUGCAACA